AAAAUUAACAAAAUAAAACAGCAAAAUAAAAUAAAACUUGUUUAGGCUGUAAAAACGUAGAUAAAGGUUAAAAUGUAUAUAUAGAAAUAGUAAAUACAUACAUAAAAGCAACAAUAAAUAAACACCUAGGUAAUUUGAGUUUGAGACCCCUGGUUUAAUACAUUACAGCAACAACAACAAAAAAAGUAGGCUAAAAAGCUAAUCAUUGUCAGUUGAGUUAUACAAAUAGAAAUCUGUGGUGCAGCUGGUAAUGGUUUGUCAAUGAUUGUUUGAGUGUGAGAAGAUUUGCCAUUUGUUUUAUGUCUCCAUCUUGCCUUCUGAAAGGCAGCCCUCUAAAAUUGCUUUGCAGCUGUGUCUUUUUUUAGCCACCACGCUUUCAGGGAGUCCGACCAGCCGGCUCGGCUGCAAAGACUUUAUUGAAUGAACGUUGGUGUUCGCUACAUGCCUCUGAGCAGGGAGCGAUAUUAUAACUGCAAAAAAAUCCUGUAAACAGUCAGCAGCGGUGGGUGUGCAGCGCUUCAGUCUGCAGCCCCGGUGUCAAAUUCUGUGUGUGGCCGCCUGUGAAGCUUGAUUUCGGGGAACGACGCGCUGCAAUGGACCGUCAGAAACUUCAAAGUGCAUCUGCUACAGUGGAGCACUAUAAAGCAGCCAUGUUGUUGAGUGGUGUCGGCGAUGCUCUGGGAUACAAAAACCAGCUGUGGGAGUACAAUGAGUCAGGACCUGGUAUUCAUCAGGAGCUGAAGGAGCUCGGCGGUCUGAAGAACAUCAAGGCCGAGCUCCCUGAUUGGCCGGUCAGCGACGACACAGUUCUGCAUCUGGCAACAGCUGAAGGACUGGCAACUGGGAAGGGCGGGGAGGAGCUCCUGCAUGAAGUGGCUGCUCGAUAUGUGGAAGGGAUGAAAGACAUGGACGGGAGGAAACCAGGGCCUUCAAGCAUUCUGGGGGUCUCCCAGCUGAAGCCUGGAGAGGAAGGGGGCUUCAGAGUGCCCUAUAACCCAGAGGGGACGGGCUGUGGAGCAGCCAUGAGGUCUAUGUGCAUUGGCCUCAGGUAUCCAAAGCCUGACCAGCUGCUGUCGUUGGUGGCGGUUGCCGUGGAGACGGGCAGGAUGACCCACCCUCACCCCACUGGGUUCCUGGGAGCCGUAGCAUCGGCCCUUUUUACUGCGUACGCCGUCCAGCGCAGGCCAAUUACGACCUGGGGUCUCGGCCUGCUGAACGAGGCCUGUCCAAUAGCAAAGAGCUUCGUCCAGGGUCGAGGCUUCGCCGUGGAGGAGACGGAGAGAGACUGGGACUACUUCUGUAACAAGUGGCAGUGGUACCUGGAUACAAGGGGGAUCUCUUGUGGGGUGGGGCCUGUGAUUUGGCCCCCUUCUUACGGCCCGGCUGAGAGAGAUGAAGCCUACAAGAGCUUCAGCCUGUCAGGCUGGGCGGGACGCAGCGGCCAUGAUGCUCCCAUGAUUGCGCUGGACGCCCUGCUGGGGGCGGGGUCAGACUGGGAGGAGCUGAUGAGCAGAGCGGGCUUCCAUGGAGGUGACAGUGACAGCACAGCAGUGAUCGCCUGCUGCUGUUGGGGUCUCCUGUACGGCACCCAGGGAGUCCCUGAAGGCAACUACUCCAACCUCGAGUACCGGGACCGGCUGGAGCGCAGCGCAGAGCAACUCUACGCGCUGUCACACUGAGAGGACCGCCACAGCCUGCUGCACUGACCCAGUGUGGCCCCGUGUCUUACUGAGGGGAAACUUGGCCACACACACUGACACAUUGACGUAGAGCUAGUUGGCACGCUCGGUAGUACAUCGAUCUAGAGGGCUGUCACUGAGCCACAAAGUGUGGUGUCAUUUGUGCCUGAAGGGGAAGCAGAGUGGCCCACUAACCCAGUCAUUUCUGCCACAAUAAAGACUGAGCCUCAUCAGGCUGGUGUAUAAAGAGGGGUCCCCCUAGUGACCAUUUUAAAUUAACAUGCAGAGGUGCACCACUGAGCGGAACGAAUCCAAGCUAAUGAGAAUGUGAACAGAAUACAAAAAGUCCCAGAGGAGGUAAUUACUUUGUUUUGUCAGCCUGACAUAAUAGCAAAUGCUUAUCUAGCUUCAAAUUAAAUGUGCUCUUGUUAUUGUCUAAUGAAAAAUGUAUAUGUCUCAUUAUAGUUGUUAACCGUUACUUCAUGCAGUGCAGAGAGAAACUGAAACCGCAAAUAAAGAUUCAAUAAAUUAAAACAACCAAA